AUGGUUGAACGUUUUAAUCGGACACUUCUGGACUUCCUGGCCAAAUUCGUCGCUGUCGACCAACGCGAAUGGGACCAGCUGCUACCACUUGAGCUUUGGGCAUACCGCUCUGCCCCUCACGAAACUACUGGAUUUUCGCUCGCGCAACUGAUGUUUGAUCGCGAGCCUCGUCUGCCCUCGGAACUAAUGUCCGGUCGUCCAACGCCCGACGCAGAAAACUCUCCCGCUUUCGUCAAGCAGUUACGGGAAAACCUUAGAAAAACUCAUCAGUCCGCCCGCCAAUAUUUGCGAGUGGCCGCAGAUGUCAACAAGGUGCAAUACGAUUUACGUUCCCACCUUACCGAGUUUGCACCCGGCGACUUCGCUUGGCUGUACUCUCCGAUACACAGAGUCGGCCGAUGCCCGAAAUUACAGUCCAAUUGGAUUAUACCGACGACCGUAGUACGCCGCCUCUCUGACUUUGUUUAUAAAGUGCGCCUGCCUGGAAUACGCCAGACGAGGACGGUUCUCAUCAACCGGCUACCCGUGGCUACGCUAAAAAGAAUCAAAGAAAAGCAGUACAACUCCGUGAUCAAGGAUUACCUGGACUUGAAUCAUAUGAAACAAGUCCCUGCUAGUAACGACUCCAAUAACUUGUAUCUACCACCACAAAGAUUCGAGUUGUGCUUAACGCCUGUCAGCUUUUCUGCUGGACCGAGUCAGUCAUAG